AUGUUGGAGUCCGUCAAGUCUGCGGUGCAAAGGCUCUGGCAGGCCGCGCUAAGCACGCUCAACCCCAACCCCACGGACAGCUGUCCCCUCUACCUGAACUAUGCCACCGUGGCCGCCCUGCCCUCCAGGGUGAGCCGGCACAACAGCCCUUCCGCUGCCCACUUCGUCACCCGACUUGUGCGGACCUGCCUGCCGCCCGGGACCCAUCGGUGCAUCCUGAUGGUGUGUGAGCGGUCGGACGCCUUUGCCUCCGCGUGCGCCCUGGCCCGGGCCUUCCCCCUCUUCACCCACCGCUCGGGGGCCUCGAGACGCACGGAGAAGAAGACAGUCACGGUGGAGUUUUUCCUGGUGGGACAAGACAACGGGCCAGUGGAGGUGUCCACUUUGCAAUGCUUAACAAACGCCACGGAAGGCGUGCGGCUGGCUGCCCGUAUUGUGGACACUCCGUGUAAUGAGAUGAACACAGACACGUUCCUCGAGGAGAUUAAGAAAGUUGGAAAAGACCUGGGGAUCACCCCAACGAUCAUCCGGGAUGAGGAGCUGAAGACGAGAGGAUUUGGAGCUGGGAAGCAGUUCAAGGGCCGAUCCCAAGGGGGAAGUGCAGGGAGAGCCCUCAAGAUGCGCCUCUGGCUGGAGAAGCAGGGUGAAAUCUGCCUCCAGGACGGCCGUGGAACCCCUCUGUGUCUCCGGGCUGAGCUCAUCAGCAGCAUUUCUGUGUGGAGGGUCACACUGCCUGUGGCCCGACCUCGGCCAGCCGUGCCCCUGGUCUCCGGUCUCCUCAUCCCCGGAAAUAGAGUGGCUGCUGUGCACGGCCCUUCUCCUCGGCUGGAGACCCCGGGCCUUCGGCUCACCCUUUAUCCCACCCAAGAGGACCCCGGGGGUCGGGGCCAGAGGGGGGAGCGUGCCACGGGCUUCGGCGUGGCUCUCCUGCUGGCACUCUUCGGCCGGGCCUCUGAGGACCCUCUGCUGAACCUGGUGUCCCCACUUGGCUGUGAAGCGGAUGCCCCGGAGGCCGACGCGGAGAGGGACUCCAAGAGGCGCAGGCUCGUGUGA